CUGCUCACGCGCCGGACUUGACUAUCCUUUUCUGGUCGCUUGUGAGGUCUGCACGUGUUCUGUGAAACACUGGAUAUUUGGGACAAUUUCACCUCGUGUUUUGUGUUUUCGUACCACUCCGUUUGUCUUGACAUGUACGGCGCGUAGUGUGAGUAGAUGACCGCGUGCCAUGAUGAUUAGAAGCGGGACGACGUGUUUAUUCGUGCUGGCUGGCUAACGACAGGAGCUGGGGAGCUAACGUUAGCCGAGCCGGAGAACAACAUGUCCAGACCUGUUCCCAGGCACACUGGGACACUGAAGGAAUAAUGACACACGCACCUUUCUAAAGCAUGACAGUAUUUUUUGAACCCGUGACAAAUGACAAAUAAAAUGGAUUACCAGUUUCCGCAGCAGCUUUUUCCUUCGUUUUACAACUGCGGACCGCCGGACUCGGUCCUGAAACACUGCGCAGGAAACUGGGGCUGCUAUGACCGAGUCAGACCGCAGGGCAGCUCUGGUCCUCUCCCCAGCUGGACAUUUACAUCCAGACAUCAGGUCAGAGGGGAGACGUGGUGUCACACUGAGCCAGUACCGCUUCCUCUCCUGUCUCCUAAAAACUCUAUCCUUUGGCCUUCAACGCCUCCAGAUCCGCUGGACUUCACAGAACAUAUGCAGAACUUCUUCAUGGAUCACUGCCAGGACGCCUUCAUGUGCAUGAGUGAAAUUCUAGGAGAAAACUUCAACUUCAAACAAGGAGUGAGAGAGACAUACCGGAAGGAUUCAGUCCACAUGUGGAAGGUGAAAAACUUUCUUGACAUGCUGAAGUUUAAAAUAUGUCCGCAGUCGUAUUCCUCAAGCUCGAUGGAUGCGUACAGCGCCCUGCUGUCAGACGUGGUGCACACCGUUCCUCCUGAGCUGCUGGGCACUCUGCUGUACGAGGAGCUGACUGAGCAGAGGGACCGCCUUCUGUUCUCUGAAGUAUCUACAGGGGGCGCUCUGUCCUUUGUCCCAUUUUCACAGAGUGGCUGCGGCUCUCAGCACGGCUGCCUCCUCUAUCCUGGAAACCAGGGACUGGACUGCCUCAACUUCCAUAGGGUGGAGCUGCAGCACCACAGAGGGAAUUAUCCAUGUGUGGACACCAGCAGCAGUGAUCCGUUUAGCUUCCAGCUGAAAGGUCCUGUCAGACAGAUCAGCUCCGCCUCCCUGUUCAACAACUCUUGUGUUGCAGUGCGGUCAGAUCACCUGUGUGGAGUUUGGAGGUUCAGCGAAAGGAACGAACCUCGUCUGCUGCAAGUCAUCAACACUAGAGAGGUCGCAACCUGCAUCAGCGUCAGUCCGCAUGUUUUAGGUGAAGUUCUGGUGGCGAGUGAGAGCGGAGCAGCAAACCUGUGGACUGUCGGCCGAGGCAUCCAGAAGGUCCGGGAGGAAGACCACAACCUGUACUUCAAUGCCAAGUCAUCAUGGCGAUGGUGCGAGUUCUCCGCCCACCCGAGGGUGAUGCUGUACGCGGACAGGACGGGGGUGGAGCUCACAGACAUCAGGGUGAAUCCAGCCUUGAGUCACACUCUGUUUCGUAUCAGCAACACCUCCGAAUGUCGCAGUGGCGAGAGGCUCAUUCUUUCCAGAUAUCUGGGAGAUGCCCACUCAUUCCACCACCUAAUCACCACUCAGUACUCAGCUUACAUCAUGGACGAGCGUUUCCCAAGCGUGCCCAUGCUCAAGUGGGACCACAUGAUGCAGUCCCCGCCCAUAUUUUGUCAGGUUGUUCCUGGCCUCCUCUCCUGUGGCGGGACUAGUACUACAAAGAUCUUGCUGGGCUCCCACAGUUCUCAGGAAAUCACACUGCUGCAGUACUCAGGAGGCAGGGCGGAGGCCUGUUUCAGUCGAGGUCCUCCUCAGGCUCUGCUCAGACCUAAAGACAGUCUGAAGCACCUUCCGGUCCAAAUCCCUCACCGCCUGGACACUGCAACCACCAGAUUGUCCUUACCUGCCACAGGUCUGACUUGUAUCCAGAAGAAAGAAGGAGGAGCCGGAGGUAAGGAGUGCAUCUGUGUCCUACAGCUGACGGAGCCGGGAGAUAUUUUCUACCAGAUCCUCGAGCUUGAGCAGCCGGACUGCUCUCGACCUCCAGAAGCAGAGGACGACCCGCUGCCUCAACAAGCACCCAAAAAACUGCCACAGCCAACUCUGAAUGAAGCCACAACAUCAGGGAGAAAAACAGCAGAUCAUCUUCAGUCAGUUUCUCAGCUGGUUAUAUCGGACACGUCGAGCGAUGAGGGCGUGAUCAGGCCAACUCAGGAUCCGACUGCGCAGAGGCUGGUGGCUGAAACACCAGAGAGGGACCAACGAGCUCUGAACAUAUACUCCUCCUCUGAGGAGUCGGAGUCAGAAGGGAAAGGCCGAAAGCUAAGGCAGCUGCGGCUGCAGGUCGUCGUCAAUGAUGAUCCAGAGUUGGAUGAAGUGAGUGAAUUGGACGCAGGCGUAAAAGAUGGAAAGGAAGGUAAAGACGGCGCUGAUAAUACUGAGGAACCUGGCAGCUCCAGCAGCCCGAGUCAAGCUGGUCUCUCUGAGUGGCAGACUCCCAUAAAGCUCAGCGACGGUGCUCGUGUCACGUGGAAACAUUGGCUCCAGAAAUUGAUGCAAAAAAGUCGUGAAAAGAAGCCCCGCCAACGGUGCUUGCAGCACUUGGAGAUAAACACUGCAGGCCUCCACCUGUCUGACGAUGAAGCGAGAGAUCCAGCAGAAGAGGAGCGAGUACAGAGCCUGUGUCACGAUAUGAGAGCGCACAUGUCCAAACGCUCACUGCUGGUUCACCGCACUGUCUCUGCCUCCCUCGGGUCUCCAGAUGUGGUAAUGGUGCCGAACCCUGUGGACACAGAAAUCUGGACAGAUGCGCUCAGCCGCCGCCUGACCCUCUCCUGGCAGGGGGAGGAGGCGUGGCAGGCGUGGUGGGUAGACCAGUUGGGGCUCAACAGGGAGGAGAAGGUGCAGGCUCUGAAGAGGAGGAGGAGGAAGGAGAAGGAAGGAAAGAGAGCCUCCGGCCGGCGCCUGGAGCUGUCUGGGAGCUUCACCUCCUCUGUCAGCUACCAGUCAGACCUGGACAGUUUCUCUGAUUCAACAGGAUGGUCCUCUGCUGCGAGCCCAGGGGUGUGGUCAGACACUGAAGGGACAAUGUCCCAGUUGGAGGCCUUUUCGGAGCGUGGGACACCGGGGGGCGGGACACCCAACACCCCAGUUCCAACACUGACCGCCACACCUCAAAGUUUGAAAGAUAAGCAAGUAGACCAGCAAACUCCCAGCUGCUCCCACUCCUUGUCUCUGUCCCAGACACCAAAACGUGACUCCACACCGGCAAAUAAGAGGAACAAACGCCCAGCCGAGGUCUGCCUCAGCUCUCUGUUCGCACUACAGGACGAGGCCUCCCAGCAUGACAUUUACUUUGUGGAAGAGGAUGACACGGGUCACCCCCCACCUCCACCUGUGACCUCCUCCUCUCAGCUCCGCAUGUCCCAGUCAGUCCCUGUGAGGAGCCUCGGCGUGAAUCUGUCCCAGGACGCCUCCGGCUGGUCGGGUUUCUCCCAGUCUCUGUCCCUCUCCCAGAGUUCACAGGGUCGACUGGGGCUGUCUCAGGCAUCACAGGCAUCACAACCCAAGAGGAAGAAGUCUCGAAUGGGGUUUUGAUUCACUGGGACGGUCUGUCCGUUACACAGAAGGAGAGUCUAUCAUUUGGAAUAACUCAGGAAAAUAAACACAAGUGGCUGGACCAACUAGCCUCAAAUUAAAAUGAAUGUGUUUCGGAUUUUCUGCGUCUUCAGCGGCCUCACGAUCUGUAAGAUGGAUCUAUUAUGGUAUUAUUCACUGGGAUUGUACUACCAAAAAUGAAACGUGAGAAGUGGCUCUAAUCGAGGAGGAAAAGCUGUGCGUACGACAGAACAGGAUCCAUUACACUGUUGAUGAUCCCUGAACGCCCCUGGAGGCUGAAGAAGACGGAAUGCAGACUGGUUUGGUAGGGCUGAGUGUCAUUUAUUGUCUUUGUUUUGUGGUUGUCAUUUGUUUGAUACGGUGAUAUGCUGCAUGUGAAUUUGUUUAUGUGUAUGGAAGGAGGAAUGCCAGAUGAUCUGACUGACUCAGGCUGCUGGAAUCAUGUUUCGGUUUUCAUGAGGCGUUCACACUGCAGGUGACUGAGCUGCUGUUUCAUUGACUUUCUGUCUUACUGGUUUGGCAUUUCAUAACACACAUUGUAGAGAUGGCUUAACAUGGUUGAUUAAUUAUAAACUGAAGAGUAAAAGGAUCAGUAAACUGACUGGAGUUGUGUUGACUCCCAACACGCAUUUGUUCUCCAGGCGUCAUUCGAGACUUUUGUAACAGAGUCUGAGAUAAAAGCUGAAAAGAACUGAGGAGCUUUAAAAUUGAAGUUAAAAUAAAACUUAACUCAAAAGCAACAUUAAACAAUGAUUAAUGUUAAACAUGAACCUGCUCAUAUUUGUUGGAAAAGAAAGGAGUCCCAGCAGUAUGAAAGAACUAAAACAAGAUUUUUAGGAAUUUCUACAUCCUGGCAUUUACUGAUUAGACAAAGUGUGUGUGUGUGUGUGUGUGUGUGUGUGUGUGUUUCUGUUUCUGUUUGGGUGUUGCUUCACAUUUCUCUUUACCAGUUCUGUUCUCAGGCUUCACUGUUUUUAUUAACUGAUAAAUGAAACGAAUUGGCUGUGUUUAAUUAUUUUUAUGAAACCUUUCUACAUCUGCUUCUAAACAAAACUAUUUUCUCAAUUAAAGUACAAUUCAAAUAAGA